GGCUGGGCUAAAAUUGUUAAGUGUAAGAGCGAAAUUAUCAAAUAUAGAGAUUGAUCUUGAUCAUAAUAACUCAAGGAAAGGGGUGCUACAUACGUGGGUGCUUCGACCAAGUACUCGCACAUAUUCCAACAAUAUGGAGCAGGCGAUAAGGAUGAGAACCGCCAGCCGAGAGUGACGAUCAAAGAAUUGAGGCGUACGUGUGUCAAUGAUGUGUCAUUCUGAUAGCUAUCUCAUUAUUUCAAGCUGUACCUAUACUUCCUAUUUCAUUAAGCCUACACUUUUUGCAUUUGCAAUUUAGCUUUCCUUUACUUAAUUUUCACAUUAGUAAACCCAAAAAAAAACUAUAUAAAAUUAAGGUGGUUAAAACCCAAAAUUAAGUGACGAUUAUGGCUCAAGAACAGCCACGGCAUGGCGUAACAGAACAAGAUCAGCAACAGCAGCAGCAGCCUAUUAAGUAUGGGGACGUUUUCUUGGUGUCUGAAGAUAUUUGUAAUAAGCCUAUUGCCCCAUUAGAUGCUGCUGCCAUGCAAUCUGCCGAGAACUUGGUCAUUGGUCAGACUCAGAAAGGUGGCCCGGCUUCAGUCAUGCAAUCGGCAGCCACUAAAAACGUUCAAGCUGGUGUUGUUGAUCGUGGUUUUGCUACUGAUGUUGGGAGACAUCAGGGUAUGACUGUAACCCAGACAAUGGUUGAUGGUCAGCGGAUAAUUACUCAGUCCAUUGGUGACCAGGUUGUUGCAAGGUAUGUUGAUCCGAAUCCAAAUCCUACCCAAGAGAAAAUGGUGGGUUUGCCAUCAGCCAUUGACCGUGAUGCAGUAACCAUAGGAGAAGCCCUAGAGGCAAGUGCAUUAUCUGCAGGGAACAAGCCCAUUACAAGAACUGAUGCCGCCGCUAUUCAGGCUGCAGAAAUGCUAGCCACAAAAACAAAUAAGACUCCUCCUGGCGGCCUUGGAGCGGAGGCACAAUCCGCUGCUUUAAGGAAUGAACAAAUCACUUCUCAAGUGAAUAAGACAACCCUUGGAGAUAUUCUUAUGGAUGCAACACAAAGACUUGCAGAUGACAAGCCAGCGACAAUUCAAGAUGCUGAGAAGGUGAUUGCUGCAGAGGUGAGGAAUGACCCAAAAUUGGCAACCAACCUUGGAGGAGUCGGCGAAUCGGUGGCGGCAGCAGCAAGGAUGAACCAACAGAAGCUCAAGGAAACUUGAUAAGCAUUAGCCUUAUAUGUCUCGUAGAAUUUGCUAAUGCGUUUUAAUGUGAACUUUGAAAAGACAAUGUAGUGACUUCUAACUUUGAAGGAAUAAUUGCAAUAAACCAUGGAUAAUU